AUGGCAGAUGAGGUUGAUCAUUAUGGUUCAUGCCAUUGUCAGGCUGUUAAAUGGAAAGUCAAAGCACCACGACAUCUGAUAUGCAUUGAAUGCAAUUGUUCUGUUUGUAAUAAGAAAGCCAAUGAUCAUGUUAUCGUCGAGAAAUCUCGUUUCACACUGAUUCAGGGUGAAGAGUCAUUGACUACAUAUACAUUCAACACUCACAAAGCUAAACAUCGUUUCUGCAAGAUAUGUGGAGUUCAAAGCUUUUACAUUCCACGUUCAAAUCCAGAUAGUAUUGCUGUUUCUCCUCGUUGUAUUGAUUCUGAUACCCUGGAAACAGUCGAAAAAACAUAUUUUGAUGGUCAGAAUUGGGAAAAAGAAAUGCAAACGAAAGCUCCUGUUGCCUUAUAA